AUGCACCGCUGGACAUCAAAUUCGAAGCAAGUUAUACAGGCGCUGGAAGACGACUGUGAGGAAUUGGACAAGUGUAUCAGCGAUCAGGAUGAAGCGCAAGAGAAAGUCUUGGGCCUGUGGUGGCUACCUGGACAAGAUCUUUUGACGUUUAUGGUGAAGCCAAACUUGCUUUCGAAGGCAUCUAAGGAGCGCCCAACUAAAAGACGUGUUUUAAGUGUGAUCAUGUCUAUUUUCGACCCGCUCGGGCUGCUAGGAUUCUUUAAUAUACACGCCAAGAUCAUCCUUCAGAACAUAUGGCAAUCCAACAUCGGAUAUGAUGACGACCUCACCAACGAAGACGAAGCCGAUUGGCAACACUGGCUUGAUCUAGUUUCAAAGUUGAAUGCCGUCCGCAUUCCACGGUGUAUGAAGCGGGUAAACCGAACCCAGGCUGUGCAGAUGCAUACAUUCGUGGACGCCAGUAUGAAUGCUUACGCCGCAGUUGUAUUUUUGCGGGCUGAACUUGAUGGCCAAGUACAUAGCAGUUUGGCCGCCUCGAAAACGAGAGUAGCACCCUCGAAGCCCGUAUCCAUACCUCGCAUGGAACUGAUGGCCGCGGUCUUAGGUCUGAGACUGGACAAAUGUAACCAAAAGGAAAUGUCGGUACGCAUACAUAGACGAACAUUCUGGACAGAUUCAAAGGAUGUGCUCUACUGGAUCCGUUCCGAUGCUCGAAAGUUCCAGCAAUUCGUAGCGCUUCGGAUCGGAGAGAUUUUAGAAGAAUCAGAUAUGGACGUGGCAGACGAUGGCACGAAACAGACUGAAACGCCUGAAAUUCAUGGCUCAACCAGGUGGUUCAAUGGACCACCAUUUUUGUAUCUAGAAGAAUCGCAGUGA